GAUCGCCCGCCAAGACCAUCCCCUCCGUCCCGACCGCAUUCACCCUGUUUUCCAGUCAUUCUGCAAUCCGCGUUCCCAAGCUCAAGACUCAGCAACUCAUACAGAGCGUCUAAGAAUGAUGAUGAUGCACGGAACCGCUCCGGUUUACACCCAGACGCCUGUGAAGGCCCCGGAGUCCGAGACGAUCUCCAUCUCCAUCGGUCUUGGCAACGACCGCUCCUCCUCCAUCGUGUUACCGCGCGGCCACGACCUGGUGAAGCACCUGGAGCGCCUCAUCCCGGCGCCACAGCCACAGCAGCUGCAGCCGCUCCUGUACGCUCGUCAGCCCCAGAACGAGGAGUCUACUGCGCGCUUCGACGCUGUGCGUGCUCUUUCCUCGAUGUCCUACCAGCAGUCUCAGCCACAGGCUCCUAUCUCGUCGAUGUCUCAGUACAUCCACGCCAAUUCUCGCUACGAGACGUCCUCGGUCUCUAGUCUGCCGAACUCGCCGCUGUACCACUCGGACAGCUCCAGCAAUGGCGGCGUCCGCGUCUACAACCACACUGACGAGUAUCUGCACCGCACUGAGCCCCGCGUCACCCGUACGCGCCGUCGCCGCGGUGCUAACAGCAGCAGCGGCAAGCGCUGCCAGGUCUUGGGAUGCGACAAGAUCUCGGUGAGCCGGGGCCUGUGCCGCGGUCACGGCGGCGGUCGCCGCUGCCAACACGCUGGGUGCACCAAGGGCGCCCAGAGCCGCAGCGACUUCUGCUGGGCGCACGGUGGUGGCCAGCGUUGUGAGGUCAAGGGCUGCAUGCGCAGUCGCAAGUCCAAGCGCUUCUGCGUGGCCCACCUCAACUGGGAGAACACGACGCCUGUGUCUCCUGUGUCAACCCGCCCUCUGCACGAGGCUAUUCCUCGUCAGAUGGAGCUGCCGAUGCCUGCUAUGCCCAAAAAUGUGUCUCCUGUGAGCCCAGUGUCUCUGACGUGCUCUCCUCGACUCCCCAGUCUGCUGCAGGCUCUGCGCAACACACAGCAGUCGUCGAUGACGGUGCAGAGCUAAGUUACAGCAUAGAAAUAGCAGUAGUAUCGCCAUUUUUUAAUUAUAGUAAGGCUCAGGCCAGUUUUCAUCCAACUUGAUCACGACUGCUAUUUUUUUCUUUCCGAUACUCAAAAGUCGUGAAUCUAGCAGUAGCAUGAGUUAAUAGUACUACUUGUAUUAAUACUACCGUAGUUGAAGUCU